AUGGUGAAAGCGUAUCCUGGCGAGUUGCACGCCAAACCGGCGCGGCCGGCGACGCUCUUGGAAUUCCUCUUUGCCAACAUCCUCCCUAUCCUCAUCACGAUCAAGCUCUACAUCUCCGGCUUCCCUGGUGCGCUCUUCGAACAACUUCGUCAUCCAUCGCCGAUCAACCUCAUCAAUCCUUUUCACUGGAAGUCGCUCAUCUUCUCGCACGGCUUUCCCGUGGUGCUGCGUACGUCCGACGAGAUGUAUGUCAACAUGAAGCGGCCUUUGCUCCGAUCUGCCUAUGGACGGGUGCUCGAGGUGGGUGCUGGAGCCGGCGAUAGUGUGGGUCACUAUGACGCCAGCAAAAUCGAAAGGUUGUUCUGUAUGGAGCCGUAUGCACCGUUGCGCGCGCAAUUGGUCUCCAAGCUCGAGCGAGUGGGUCUGGCUAAGAAGAGCACGGUUGUGCCGGUGGGUCUGGACAAGACCAGCCGCCCCGCCCUCCUCCAAGCCGGCAUCGAACCAGAAAGCCUCGACACCAUCGUCCUCUUCCAGGUCCUCUGCUCGAUUCCCGACCCAAAGAGCCAUUUGGAGUUCUUGCAGGGUCUCUUGAAGAAGGGCGGCCAGAUCAUCCUCUUCGAACACGUCGGCAGCAAACAUACGCUAGCAAGGAUCAUUCAGACCCUAUGGACACCCGUGUGGAGCUUCAACUUCGGCGGGUGCCAGCUCAACAGGGAUAGUGGCGAAUGGCUGAAGGGCCUGGGUGGAUGGAAGGAGGUCGAUCUGCAAAGACCUGUUCACGAGACCUCUGCCGAUCUAGUACCCCAUGCUGUUGGGCGCCUUGUCAAAGCUUGA